AUUGAAUUCUUCUACUUAGACUCUAUAUGCCGAUAUUUCCUUGUCGCCAACACCUUUCUCCUCGUCUCCGACUACUUAUGCUUUCUCACGCUUUCCUCUUGCCUCUCAACCUCAAGAUAGUCUCCAGCAUCCAGCACGCCGGACGAAGAUGGUGUGAAGCAGUUCCAGCCUCGGAUAGUCCCCAUUCCUCUUACAUCCCGUUGUUUCGUCAUUGAUUUCACCUUUUUCGACGACGUUAUUUACCUUUCUCGCAAGAAAUCUCAUUCACCGUCUCAAUCAGCAGAUAUUCUGAUGCCACGUAGGGAUCAGGGUGCCGACAAUGAUGAGCGAUCCCCGCUCAUUCAGGCUGUGACUAUCCAACAUAGCGAAGUCCCACAAGCAACGCUUACCGAAACAUCACCCUCGGAGGAUGGCUCGACUCCAAAUGAACCACUUCUCUCCAAUGACAGACCGCCAUCGGAAACUAUUGGCCUCGAAGACUCGAUCAUCGUCAGCAAAAGCACCUGGUACUUGAUUCUCCUAACGACGAGCAUCGGAGGACUCCAGAUUGUUUGGUCUGUCGAAUUGUCCAAUGGAUCGCCUUACCUGUUGUCGCUUGGCAUGAGCAAGGCUCUCCUCGCUGGGGUCUGGCUUGCUGGCCCCCUGACAGGAGCCCUUGUUCAGCCGUACAUCGGUAUUCUAAGUGAUCGAUGUCGAGUUUCCUGGGGCAAACGCAAGCCUUUUAUGAUUGCUGGAGCACUCGGAGUUGUCGUUACAUCCAUGAUACUUGCGUAUUCCCGAGAUAUCGUCCGUCUGAUUGGAGGACUCGACAUUGAUGCACCAUAUACAGGAGGUUAUAUGACUGCUACAAUAGUCUUGGCUACUGUGAUGAUGUGGUGUCUUGACUUUGCCAUCAACACGGUCCAAGCAGCUAUUCGCGCAUUCAUUGUAGAUGGCGCCCCAUCUCAUCAGCAAGAGUCAGCGAAUGCGUGGGCCUCACGUAUGACUGGUGUCGGAAAUGUGUUAGGCUAUGUCUUUGGAUACCUCGAUCUGCCGAAGUACUUCCACUUCUUCGGAAACACUCAAUUCAAGGUCUUGGUGGUUAUCGCAUCCAUCGCACUUGGGUCGACAGUGCUGCUUAGUAUUCUCACCAUCAAGGAACGGAACCCGCAGCACGACCCUCCUUCCAAAGCGGACAAUGAGUCUACUGGCUUCAUGGCCUUCUUUAGACAGGUCUUCGUCUCAAUCAAGCGUCUACCACCUCAGAUACGCAAAGUCUGUGAAGUCCAGUUCUUUCAUUGGAUGGGGUGGUUUCCAUUCCUGUUUUACAUCACCACCUAUAUUGGACAACUUUACGUAAAUCCAUACCUGGAGCCAGGACUUUCCGAUGCCGAGGUCGAGAAGCUGUGGGCAAAGGCUACUCGAAUAGGCACCUUUGCUCUACUGAUCUAUGCCAUUACUGCAUUUUCGUCGAACAUUAUACUGCCAUUUUUGGUGGUUCCAGCCUACGAAACUCGGGCAGUCCCUGAUGAUGUAGAUGAUAUCUUCACGCAGCCUGUUCUAACCCCGACUUCACCCAUCGGCACGAGAUCAUCGGAAUAUCCCUGGUUUGAAGCUCAUCAUCACCGGGCUCAUAGCCAGCCAGUGACACCAAACUCUCCGAUUGCCACGAGGUACGACGAAUUCCCCUUCUUCGAUAAUCCACCUCCAAGGUCACAAAGCGAUCUCAACAUCAACCGGUAUAUCUCUGGGGACUCUCACCUGUCAGAUCCAAGUGCAAAGGGCCCUAGUGGUAUUAGACGAUUCUUGACCAAGAUACAAAUUCCUGGAUUGACUCUCCGACGAACAUGGCUGCUUUCACAACUUUUGUUUUCAGUGUGCAUGUUCAGUACUUUCUUCAUCUCCACACCGUUAGCGGCAACCAUCAUGACUGCUUUCGUAGGCGUCUCGUGGUCCUUGACGCUUUGGGCUCCUUUUGCUCUGAUCUCGGCGGAAAUUUCCAAACGGGACGAGAUGAGAAGAAAGCGUUACCGACAACGCUUGAUGAAUGGAGACGACAAUAUCACCGAUAGUAAAAUGGACGAGGAGGAAGACCAAGCCGGGAUCAUUCUCGGCCUACACAAUGUCGCUAUCAGUGCUCCACAAAUUGUAGCCACACUUAUCAGCAGUGCCAUAUUCAAACUCUUGCAGAAGCCUAGAAACGUCCCUGGGGAUGUGAGUGUGGGGUGGACUUUGAGGAUUGGUGGAGCAGCUACACUGGUUGCCGCAUUUAUUACUUGGAGGAUGAAAGAGCCCGCAGAUGAAACUGAAGAUGAUCUGUAGGUCACCGUAUGCGGAUUUUUUGGAAGAUGCUUGUCCUUUCACGCAGACAACAUUUGAUGAAUACCGUGGUAUCGCUUUGGCAUGCUUUGGAUGCAAUAGAAGGUUAUCUCGUUAUGGCUUGCACGAGAGAUCAUACGAUGGCUAGGGAUACGAAGGGCAGGCGUGUUGUAUCAGUGGGAGCUUUGUGAGCGGCUUGUUCUAUAUCUUGUUUAGAUCUUUCUUCUUCGAUGGCGACAAUGUCCUUGAAACUCG